AGGCCUUUAUCGUCUGCUCGCCGACCACAGGUGCGAUGCGCGUAACGCGACGUGUUAGACUGACCAGCACGGUCCGGAUGUCACGACCACGUGGUGGCUUCGGUUGGCACCGGACCUGGCGCAGAGCCGGAGUGCGCCGUCCCGUGGCCGCCGCUGACAUUCAGUCGCUGAUUUCGCCACCGCUUGGGACAUGAGCUGCAAGCGUGGUCGCCCGUGCGAGACGAAGAACGUCGAAGGCCUCUCGCUCGCCUUCAAGCUGCGCAGCCUCGUGGUCGAGGCCCACCUCUCGGACCUCAACGCGUCCGUCAUCGAGAAAAACCUGGUCGCGAUCGCGAAUGAGCUCGCGACGCUCUGCGCCUUUGGCAUCCAGCCCGAAGACCGCUGCGUGCGCUUCCUCGUCAUGGCCAACGACCGCAUCGCCAAGAUGCUCGCCAAGAAGGACUUGGCCUGGACCGCGUCGCCGCAUGCGAUCUGGAGCUUCGCCAAAGCCUCGGUGCUCGGCUCCAAGCCCGGGAACGUCGACGCGUGCUACGCGGCCGAGGUCCAAGAUAUAUCUGUGCUUUGGCACGAGAUGCUCCGCGUCAAGGACAAGGCCGCGGACCUCUGGAAGCGAGAGAAGCUCGAGGAGGCGCUGCCGUAUCUGCACGCGGCCGACGCGUACUUUAAGCGCAUCCACCUCAAGCACCAGAAGCUCAACAUUGACCACGCGAUCAUCGACUGCCACGUGGAGCCGGUCGCGAAGAAAGCGAAGGCCCACCGCGUGUCCUUCUCCGAUACGCCGCUUGUGCUCGGGACGGCCCAAGCUGACGUCGACCGGACGCCCAUCUGCCCGUCCAAGCCAACGCAGCUCGAAGCGCUCUUGCUUCGUGCGACGCGCGAGUUCCCCAUGCCGUGCUUGUAAACUAGAGAUGCUUUAUUUAUUAACGUGAACCUCGACGCUGAGCUCUACUAGCACCAGUGUACUGGUGUCCUAUGGCCGCUCCAUGAGACUUGUCCA